GGAGGAAGUUGCAGCUCUGAGUCACUGAGGAAAGUUUUCAGGGUUCAGAGUCCAUGUUAAUGUGGACGGAGCAGCAGAGGAGACCAGAUGAAGGUAGAAGGUGUGUGUGAGCUGAUGUGAAUCCAGCAGCAUGGAUCAGUGUGAGGACAGAGAGGAGGGAGUCCUUCCCUCCAAAACCUCCCAGAGGGGAAAAAAAAGAGUUGGAGAGAGUCUGAGAGAAGAAAAGAGGAGACGACGUCGUCCUGGACCUGAACCUGGACCUGAUCCCAGCUGUGUGUCCUUGAAGAGUGAUGCAUCAAAGGAAUUCUAUUGGGAUUUUAAAGAUACCCAAUAUUCUCCCUCAGAGAGGAGACGACCUGGACCUGGACCUGGACCUGGACCUGGACCUGGACCUGGUCCUGGACCUGGACCUGGACCUGGACCUGGACCUGGAACUGGUCCCAGCUGUGUGUCCUUGAAGAGUGAUGCAUCAAAGGAUUUACGUAUCUUUUUUAAAGAUGCUCCUGGUUUUCCUUCAGAGAGGAGACGACCUGGACCUGGAUCUGGAUCUGGACCUGGACCUGGACCUGGACCUGGACCUGGACCUGGACCUGGUCCCAGCUGUGUGUCCUUGAAGAGUGAUGCAUCAAAGGAGUUUUUCAUCGGUUUUAAAGAUGAUCCUGGUUUUCUUUCAGAGAGAUUGGACCAGCAGAUCUCAGAGUCCCCCAGUGGUCCGUCUGUCCAGCAGCACCAGACCCAGUUGGACUCCGUCUUUCAGCUGCUGGAGGGCGACAUCAUCAUGUUUGUAAAGGAGGAGCUGAAGAAGUUCCAGAAGGUUCUGAGUCCAGAUUACCCAGAAUCCUCAGAGAGUCUGGAGGAGGAUGAAGAUGAAGAGCAGAAGAGCAUCAGAGAGACAUUCGUGAAGAUCACAGUGAAGUUCUUGAGGAGGAGGAAGCAGGAGAAGCUGGCCGACCUCCUGCAGAGCAAUACUGUUGCUGCCGUUUGUCAAUCCAAACUCAAAGAUCAGCUGCAGAAGAAGCACCAGCAUGUGUCUGAGGGGAUCACUAAAGCAGGAAAGAAAACCCUUCUGGAGCAGAUCUACACGGAGCUCUACGUCACAGAGGGAGGGACCGGAGAGGUCAACAAUGAACAUGAAGUCAGACAGAUUGAAGCAGCAUCCAGGAAACCAGACGGAGCAGAAACAGCCAUCAGACAGGAAGACAUCUUUAAACCCCCACCUGGAAGAGGAGGACCAAUCAGAACGGUGAUGACGAAGGGAGUGGCCGGCAUCGGGAAAACAGUCCUAACACAGAAGUUCAGUCUGGACUGGGCUGAAGGCAGAACCAACCAGGACAUCCAGUUCCUGCUUCCAUUCACCUUCAGACAGCUGAAUGUGCUGAGAGAGGAGAAGUUCAGCUUGGUGGAACUAGUUCAUCGAUUCUUCUCUGAAACCAGAGGAAUCUGCAGCUUUGAAGAGUUCCAGGUCUUGUUCAUCUUUGACGGUCUGGAUGAGAGUCGACUUCCUCUGGACUUCCACAACUGUACAAUCGUCAGUGACCCCAGAAGGUCCACCUCAGUGGACGUGCUGCUGACAAACCUCAUCAGGGGGAACCUGCUUCCUUCUGCUCGUCUCUGGAUCACCACACGACCCGCGGCAGCCAAUCAGAUCCCUCCUUACUGUGUCUCCAUGGUGACAGAAGUCAGAGGGUUCACUGACCCACAGAAGGAGGAAUACUUCAGGAAGAGGUUCAGAGAAGAGGAGAAGACCAGCAGGAUCAUUUCCCACAUCAAGACAUCACGGAGCCUCCACAUCAUGUGCCACAUCCCAGUCUUCUGCUGGAUCACUGCUACGGUCCUGGAGAACGUCCUGGAGACCAGAGAGGGAGGGGGGCUGCCCAAGACCCUGACUGAGAUGUACAUCCACUUCCUGGUGGUCCAGGCCAAACUGAAGAAGGUCAAGUAUGAUGGAGGAACUGAGACGGAUCCACACUGGAGUCCAGAGAGCAGGAAGAUGGUGGAGUCUCUUGGAAAACUGGCUUUUGAGCAGCUGCAGAAAGGAAACCUGAUCUUCUAUGAACCAGACCUGAGAGAGUGUGGCAUCGAUGUCAGAGAUGCUUCAGUGUACUCAGGAGUUUUCACACAGAUCUUUAGAGAAGAGAGCAGCCUGUACCAGGACCAGGUCUUCUGCUUCAUCCAUCUGAGUGUUCAGGAGUUUCUGGCUGCUCUUCAUGUCCAUCAGACCUUCAUCAGCUCUGGAGUCAACCUGCUGGGAGAUCAACUAACAACUCACCCUUCUCCAAUCAGUUUCUAUCCGACACAUGUGGACUGGACCUUACAGAGUCCAAACGGACAUCAGACCUUCAUCAACUCUGGAGUCAACCUGCUGGGAGAUCAACGAACAACUCACUGUUCUUCAACCGGUUUCUAUCAGACACCUGUGGACUGGACCUUACAGAGUCCAAACAGACAUUUGGACUUCAUCAACUCUGGAGUCAACCUGCUGGGAGAUCAACGAACAACUCACUGUUCUUCAACCGGUUUCUAUCAGACAGCUGUGGACUGGACCUUACAGAGUCCAAACGGACAUCAGACCUUCAUCAACUCUGGAGUCAACCUGCUGGGAGAUCAACGAACAACUCACCGUUCUUCAACCGGUUUCUAUCAGACAGCUGUGGACUGGACCUUACAGAGUCCAAACGGACACCUGGACUUGUUCCUGCGCUUCCUCCUGGGUCUUUCAGUGGAGACCAAUCAGAACCUCCUAAGAGGUCUGAUGACAUCAAACCAAAGAAGUUCACAGAACAAUCAGGAAACUAUCAAAUUCAUCAAGGAUAAGAUCAGUGGGGAUCUGUCUGCAGAGAGAAGCAUCAACCUGUUCCACUGUCUGAAUGAACUGAACGAUCGGUCUCUGGUGGAGGAGGUCCAACAGUCCCUGAGGUCUGGACGUCUCUCCACAGAUGAACUGUCUCCUGCUCAGUGGUCGGCUCUGGUCUUCAUCUUACUGUCAUCAGGUGAUCUGGAGGUGUUUGACCUGAAGAAGUUCUCAGCUUCAGAGAAGGCUCUAUGGAGGCUGCUGCCGGUGGUCAAAGCCUCCAAGAAAGUUCUACUGAGUGCCUGUCACCUCUCAGAGGACAUCUGUCCACUUCUGUCCUCAGUUCUCAGCUCUCAGUCCUCCAGUCUGACAGAACUGGACCUGAGCAACAACGACCUGCAGGAUUCUGGACUGAAGCAGCUGUUUCCUGGACUGGAGAGUCCACACUGUCACCUGGAGUCUCUCAGACUGAGUGGCUGUCACCUCUCAGGGAACAUCUGUCCACUUCUGUCCUCAGUUCUCAGCUCUCAGUCCUCCAGUCUGACAGAACUGGACCUGAGCAACAACGACCUGCAGGAUUCUGGACUGAAGCAGCUGUGUCCUGGACUGGAGAGUCCACAUUGUAAACUGGAGUCUCUCAGGCUGUCAGGCUGUCUGAUCUCAGAGGAAGGAAGUUCUUCUCUGGUCUCAGCUCUGGCCUCCAACCCCUCCCACCUGAGAGAGCUGGACCUGAGCUACAACCAUCCAGGGGAGUCAGCAGAGAAGCUUCUGUCUAGAGUGGAGGAUCCCCGCUGGAGACUGGACACUCUCAGGGUGGAGCCUGCUGGACAACGAUUUCUGACACCAGGUCUGAGGAAGUAUUCCUGUCAACUCACCGUCGACACAAACACAGUCAACAACUACAUCAAACUGUCUGAUGACAACAGGAAGAUGAUGUUUGAGGAGGAGGAUCAGUCGUAUCCUGAUCAUCCAGACAGGUUUGAUUACUAUCGUCAGCUGCUGUGUAGAGAAGUUCUGACGGGUCGCUGUUACUGGGAGGUCCAGUGGAGCGGAGAAGUUUGUGUAUCAGUGAGUUACAGAAGAAUCAGCAGGAAAGGAGACUCUGUUGACUGUAGGUUUGGAUGGAACAAUCAUUCCUGGAGGCUGGACUGUUCUCCAGGUGGUCGGUACUGUGUCCUUCAUAAUAACAGAGUAACAUCCGUCACCUCCUCAUCUCCAUCUCCAGUCUUUAACAGAGCAGCAGUUUACGUGGACGUUCCUGCUGGAACUCUGUCCUUCUAUGAAGUCGUCUCUGACAGACUGAUCCACCUCCACACCUUCAACACCAGCUUCACUGAACCUCUCUGGGCUGGAUUUGGAUUCUGGUUCAGUCCUGGUUCCUCAGUGUCUCUGUGUCCAGUUUAGUCUCCAGAGUCUCCGGUCAGAGAAACUGUCUCUGUUGGAUCCUGGACUUGGACUCUGGUUCUGGUUCCUCAGAGUCUCCAUGAUGAUGAUGAUGAUGAUGAUGAUGAUGAAGAAGAUGAUGAUGAUGAUGAUGAUGAUGAUGAUGAUGAUGAUGAUGAUGAUGUUGAAGAUGAUGAUGAUGAUGAUGAUGAUGAAGGAGAUGAUCACCAUUUAUCUUACAUUUUUUGGUUUAUUGUAUUUUUAUUUGAUCUUUUUCACAUUUAAACAUUAAAUAAUUUACUGGAUUGUUGAUGUU